UUUGAUUUUUUUUUUUCAGUACAAGGAAAACAGCCAAACUUCAUACAAAAGUUUGGACAUAGAACUCUGCAGGAAGGAGACGAUUUAAUCUUGCAUUGCACUAUACAUGGAAAGCCCAAACCACAUGUCUGCUGGACAAAGGAUGACAUCCAAGUGGUAUCUGGAGAUAUCAGUACUGAGAAAUUAGGAGAUACCUAUUACCUUUUAAAAAGAAAUGUAGUCCUUGCUGAUACUGGGAAAUAUAUCUGUGUUGCCAGCAAUGAAAUUGGAAAGGCCCACUGUUCUGCUUUCGUGACGGUGAUAGAGAAAAAUAAACCCCCCAACACUUCCAGUGUAACUCAGGCUAAACCAGAAUGUGAAGAUGGAUACUUUUCAGAAGAAGUGAAUGUCACCACAGCGGAGCUAGUACAAGCCCAGGACACACCAUGUGGGAGAGAAGAAAGGCCAGUGGCUAAAUGUACUCCAGUAAGGUUUAAAGAGAAACUUUGGUUUCAAGGAGUGCAUCUUGAACUUGACAGACCAUAAGAGAUUAACUUCAAUUUGAGGCAUGAUCCCAUUCUUCUGCCUGAUGCAGUGGAACAGAAGAUGGACUGAACUGCAAGAUGCCUGAUUCCUGAGCAUGUUUGUGGUGUUUGCUGUGUCCAUUAGUAGAGAUUGGCCAUGGGUGAGGAACAGAUGAAUUUUGGGUGCUAUCCAAGAUAUAUCUACAUUUUUAUUUUGUUUCUUUACAAAUAAAUCAUUAUUAAAAUUCA